AUGCCACCAUAUGAUAGCGAAUCAUCUGGAGGUGAGGAAGAAGACUACACAGAAACCAAUGUUUUACUUGGUUAUGCCGGGAAAGAACCUCAAGAUGAUACAAUCAGUUAUUUAGGUGGUGAGCCUUCUUGGAUUGACCCUUCCACGCCUCCAUCCGCCACUCUCGCAAAAUGCAAAAUCUGCAACGACCUCAUGGUUCUAAUCCUCCAACUGAACGCCGAUCUUCCCUCUCACUUCCCCGACCACGAACGUCGUUUAUACGUUCUAACAUGUCGCCGAAAAACAUGUCGGAGAAAGGAAGGAAGUGUUCGCGCAUUGCGCGGUACACGAAUCGCUGAAUCUGCAAGCAAGCCAAAAUCAAGAGAACCGGAGAAAGAGAAACCAAAGCCAGAGCCCGCAAAGCCAGCAGCUAGGAUAGGAGAAAGUUUAUUUGGAGCCAAGCCAUCAACAUCCGGGAAUCCAUUCGCAACAGGCUCGAAUCCCUUCUCUACACCAUCAGGCGGAAGCACACCUUCAAAUCCUUUUGCAGCCGCCGGUCUAGCCACCUCUGAACUCGCUGCAAAACCCCCUCAAAACCCAGAACCUAAAUCUUCAGAAGCCACAAAGGACACUCUUCCGAAAACCUUUGCAUCUACCCUCUCCCUCAACAAUCCACAAUCUCAGCCAGCGACUCAAACCCCUCCACCCAACGAACCAUGGCCUACAACAGAUCUCCCAGCACCCUAUCCCCUUUACUACCUCGUAGAUGCCGACUACGAGACCCUCGAUAAAGAGCCCUUACCCCCGCCACCUCAAGCUACAAUCGUAGACGACACACCUGAUUCAUCGUCUGGUGGAAAGGAAGACAAGGAAAUCUUUGAAUCAACGCACGACACGACCUUCCAGAAAUUCGCCGAUCGUCUUUCACAAAAUCCUGAACAAGUAAUCCGUUAUGAAUUCCGUGGUUCCCCUCUUCUCUACUCUAAAACAGAUUCUGUGGGAAAGAUCUUUGCGGAUGCUGGAAAGGGGAAUGAGAAGGUUAAAGUUAGUAAUGGCAGUGGAAACUGGAAGAUACCGCGCUGUGCGAAUUGUGGAGCCGGGAGAGUAUUUGAAGUGCAGGUAACACCCCAUGCGAUCAUGGAGUUGGAAAGGGAGGAAAAGGGCCUGGAUGGGAUGGAUUGGGGGACAGUAAUUCUAGGGGUUUGUGAAAAGGAUUGUGUGCCUAGCUGGGUAGAAGGUGGAAAGACGGGAUACGUAGAAGAAUGGGCGGGAGUGCAAUGGGAAGAGUUAGGCGGGAAGAAAUAG